GGUAAGGAAACUCGACGCGCUUUGAUUACUUAGAGAGUUAAGGUGUGUCCUUCAUUCUUUCAGGUCGACUAAAAACAUUUCGCGGAGAGGAAACGCUCAUACACCGCUUCAAGAGACAGACUGCUAUUCAACUUAGGAAAUAACUAAAAGUUUGAGAAACAAGGAUUAUGGCUGUCACUGCGACUUGCCGGAUCUUGUUUUUUUCCGUAUUUAUGUUUUUUGCGUCGGCGGAGGCAGUGACAGCUAAAGGCAAAGGACGAGGUUUACCUGUCGUGCUGGAUCCAGAUACAGGCAAAUUAUUCACUGAGCAGGUCGUCACAGAUACACUAAAGAGCAGUCUCACAACCGUCUUCCUGCCAAUUAUUUACAUAAUCGUUUUUGCAUUGGGGUUGCCAAGCAAUGCAAUGGCGAUAUGGGUCUUGCUGUUCAGGUCAAAGAAACUUCACCCUGCUGCCAUUUACAUGGGAAACUUGGCGCUGGCUGACCUAAUGUUUGUUAUCUGGACGCCUCUCAAGAUCGCUUACCAUUUAAAAGGAAAUAAUUGGACUUUCGGAGAAGGGAUGUGCAAAGUGUUGGUGGGUUUCUUCUACGGCAACAUGUAUUGCUCCAUCCUCUUCAUCACUUGUUUAAGCGUCCAGCGGUACUGGGUCUGCGCUCACCCGCUCUCCCAGCAGAGGAAAAACAACAAGUUUGCUAUCAUCGUGUCAGUGUGUAUCUGGAUCUUCAUUGGGGUCAGCACUACACCUUUGUACCUCGACAAGCAAACAGUUGAACUCUCAGACCUCAACAUCACCACCUGCCAUGAUGUCAACGUUAUCAGUCGGGAGAACUUCCUGUCGGGCAACAUGUUCCUGGACGUUCAGCUGCCCUAUUACUAUUUCAUGGUGAUGGCAGGUCUUGUGUUCUUCAUCCCAAUGUUGAUCAUCAUAGCGGCUUACAUUCUUCUCCUUCGCUCGCUUGGGAACUCUACAAUCGAGGGCAGUGCCGGAAAAAGCCGCCAACGAGCUGUGGUCCUCAUUGUCACUGUGCUCAUAACGUUCCUGGUCUGCUUCAUCCCCAGUAAUGUGAUGUUGGUGGUGCACUAUUCUCUACUGCGAAAAGGUUUGUUCAAUAACGGCUACGGCUUCUACAUCACCACGCUGUGCCUGGCCAGCCUCAACAGCUGCUUGGACCCUUUCAUCUACUAUUAUGUCUCAGAAGAGUUCAGGGAGCACGUCAAAAACACGCUGCUGUGCCGCAGCAGUCGCACGGUGGAGAGGAUGAGGGUGUCUUUCAGAUCGAUGAAGUACUCUAAAAGCACCAACACGUAUACUUCCAGCAAAACGGAGAGCAGCACCUGUUGAGAGCAGAUGGACAUGGACCAUGAUGGACAAGCGUUUGUGUAUUGAGUGGCAGCACUGUGGAUUUUACUUUACAUUCAUGCUCCGUGUUUCUUCACUGAAUAACAUUGAAACUGUCAGAAACCACAUGAAGCUGGUUGUGAAGAUAUUUUUUCAACUGUGAGACCUUUGUAAACCCAAAGCUGAAGGAGCCACAAAGAGUUUGAACCUGAUUCUGCAUCACAUGACUGCAAUGUUCAGUCUAAAGCUCAGGGCCGUAAAGCCAAAGCAGAUUCGUAAAACUUGAAGAGAAGCAUCCGAGCCAGGUUUUUCUGUUGUUACAUUUGAUGUUGUAUAGAUGGGCCAGGCGAAAUGAUAUUUAAUGUGAAUUUGUCAGCCCGUGAUGGAUUAAAUAUAUGCUUUAAAAUUUAA